UUUCAAAACAUUUAUAAUAUCGUGUGUCAUCUCACAGAAUUUUGCAUAUUUUUUAAUGGCAUAAAUCCUCCACUUGUUUUUAUUAAAACUAGAAAGCGUGCGGUUUUUAAGGUUUGAUACGCGGGUUUUAAGCAAUGAAUGAAGCUUACGCUAGUUUCCACAUUUUGGCAUGAAGUGAGUGAAUAGGACGAAUAGGCCAGUUUUUCUGUGGCAAAAAACUUUCUUUUUUGGGAUAUUGGUGAUCUAUAAAGGGGCCAAAACAUGUAAGAAAAAGACACUUGUGCUUAACCUACAUCAUUGUGUUGUAAUGCUUGAAGAAUAUGAUUUUUGGGCAAAAGCCAAAAGUGGGUAUCUCAUUUACCUUGGCCUUUUCUCCAACUUACGUUGCUCACUCAUUUUUAUAAUCAUAGGCAUCUGGUCUGGUCUCAUCCAGUUCUUCCAUUCAACAAGAGCAUCUUGUCCCUCUUCUUUUUGCUUGAAUGCCCACUUCCAACCCUUCAAAUUUGAGGAAGCAGUUCAUUUUCGAUAACCCGGAAUCCGCUAACUCAAGGAUGGAGUUCCCAUCUAUCACCGGGGAACCAGUUAUUCCUGAUGUUGUUUUGGGAUAUGACAGGGGGAGGGAAGUGAAGGAGUUCGAUGAAACAAAGGCUGGAGUUAAAGGACUAGUAGACUCUGGUGUGGCCAAGGUCCCUAGGUUCCUCAUCCAUCCACCAGAGAGGCUUCCAAUGUCAUCUCCAGCCAGUACUGUCCACUUCCAGGUUCCAGUGAUAGACCUCCAAGGCUUUGAGAGUAGCCGGCGGGAAGAGAUAGUCGAUGAAAUGCGUAGAGCAUCAGAGACAUGGGGUUUCUUUCAAAUGGUUAAUCAUGGAGUUCCGGUUAGCGUCAUAGACAACAUGUUAGAAGCCGUAAGACGAUUCCAUGAACAACCAAAGGAAGAGAAGAUGGAGUGGUACUCACGCGAUUACAAGCAACGAGUCAGGUAUUACUGCAAUGGCGAUCUCCUCGUGUCGAAAGCAGCAAAUUGGAGGGACUCCAUUGCAUUUGAUUUCCAAGAUGGUCCCCUAAAUCCUGAAGCAUUUCCCCUAGUCUGCAGGGAGGAUGUUGUUAGUCAAUAUAUGAAACAUGUCAUCGAACUAAGCGAGGCAAUCUCAGAAUUACUAUCAGAGGCUUUGGGGCUUAGAACUGAUUACCUUGCAGGCAUGGAAUGCAUGAAAACUGAAUCACUGGUGUGCCACUAUUACCCUGUUUGUCCUGAACCAGACUUGACUCUUGGCGCAACAAAGCAUUCAGACCCAUCAUCUCUAACUCUGCUCCUGCAAGACAAUAUUGGUGGCCUCCAAGUCCUGCAUCAAAAUCAUUGGGUUGAUGUUCCACCAGUGCACGGAGCACUAGUAGCCAACAUCGGUGACUUCAUGCAGCUUAUCACCAACGACAAGUUCAGAAGCGUGGAGCAUAGGGUACUAGUUGGACAGGCUGGGCCUAGGGUUUCAGUUGCAUGCUUUUUCUAUCCAAGUGCUACACAUAAGUAUAAACCAUAUGGGCCAAUAAAGGAGUUUCUAUCUGAUCAGAACCCACCCAUAUACAGGGAAACUCAUAUCAGUGAGUAUCUUGCCUUCUACAGAUCAAAGGGACUGGAUGGAAACUCAGCCCUUCCUCAUUUUAAAGUUUAACCCAUGCUGGCAAUACAAUGAAAGUUUUAAGGUACCGCAAAAUUUUGAGUUGUGGAAUGCUUUUAACUGAUAUCAAUCUGUAAUGAAGUAAAUAAAUCUUUGACUUUACUGUUAAUUUUUUAUUUUUUAUUUUUUCACAGCUUGUGUAUAACAAUGUAGGACUCUAGGUGGUAACUUGGUAUGUUUGUUAAUGUGUUUUUGGGGAGUAUUUUUGUUUUUGGGUUGUUUGUUA